AUGGCUGCUCUUCUGUUUACGUCUUUGUUGGCGCUUGCUGUCCAUUCAGCCGCUCAAUUGGCAGGGCGAGGCUUUCCGGACUGCCAAAAUGGGCCGUUAAAGAAUAAUACCGUCUGCAAUACCUCGGCCGAUCCACUGACCAGGGCGAGAGCAUUGAUCAAUGCAUUGACCCUGCAAGAGAAGCUGAACAACACUGGAAGCGACUCACCAGGCGUUCCCCGACUUGGCCUUCCAGCUUAUACUUGGUGGCAAGAAGCACUUCACGGAGUGGCAAGCAGUCCGGGUGUCAACUUCUCCGACUCUGGUUCUUUUCGAUAUGCGACCUCUUUCCCGCAGCCGAUCCUGAUGGGAGCAGCCUUUGACGACGAUCUCAUCCGAGAUGUUGCAACGGUUAUCAGCACCGAAGCAAGAGCAUUCAACAAUGACGAUCGCGCCGGACUUGACUUCUGGACGCCGAAUAUCAACCCAUUCAAAGAUAGCCGAUGGGGUCGAGGCCAAGAAACUCCUGGCGAGGACCCGUACCAUCUCUCGAGUUACGUAUACUCUCUCAUCGAAGGAUUGCAAGGCAGCCCAGACGACAAGUAUAAGAGAGUCGUUGCGACUUGCAAGCACUUCGUCGCCUACGAUAUGGAAAGCUGGAACGGCAAUUUCAGAUAUCAAUGGGAUGCUCAUGUCAACCCACAAGAUCUCGUGGAAUACUACAUGCCGCCAUUCCAGAGUUGUGCUCGAGACUCUAACGUUGGAGCCUUCAUGUGCAGUUAUAACUCACUCAAUGGAGUGCCGACCUGCGCAGACCCGUACUUGCUCCAGACCGUCCUCCGAGAGCACUGGAAUUGGACUUCUGAGCAACAAUGGGUGACAUCGGAUUGCGAUGCUGUGCAAAACGUUUUCCUCCCUCAUGGCUAUGGCAAGACCCGGGAGGAAGCAGCAGCUCUGUCAUUGAAGGCUGGCACUGAUGUUAACUGUGGUACUUAUUACCAAGAGCAUCUUCCAGCUGCCUUGGAGCAGGGUUUAAUCAACUCGACGGAUCUCGACACUGCACUCAUUCGACAAUACUCUUCUUUGGUCCGUCUGGGCUAUUUCGAUGGCAUGGCUGUGCCCUAUCGCAAUCUGACCUGGGCGGAUGUUUCGACUCCAUAUGCUCAGCAGCUUGCCAAGAAGGCUGCUGUUGAGGGAAUAACGCUUCUGAAGAACGAUGGACUUCUUCCUCUCAAGAUCGAUAACGGUACCAAGCUCGCCUUGAUCGGUGACUGGGCAAACGCAACGGACCAGAUGCUGGGCAACUACGACGGCAUCCCGCCUUAUUACCACUCGCCUUUGUAUGCGGCCCAGCAGACCGGGGCCACGGUCAACUUCGCUCCAUACCCCGGUGGUCAAGGGGAUCCCACAACGGACAAUUGGCUUCACAUCUGGAACGCUGCGAAUCAGUCGGACGUCAUUGUCUAUGCAGGAGGUCUUGACAAUUCGGUUGAAGCAGAGGGCAUGGACCGUGUCAGCAUUGCCUGGACUGGUGCUCAACUCGAUGUCAUUGGCCAAUUAGCGAUGUACGGCAAGCCUGUCAUUGUUUUGCAGAUGGGCGGUGGUCAAUUGGACAGCUCUCCGAUUGCGAACAAUCCAAACAUCAGCGCUCUGUUGUGGGGAGGAUAUCCAGGACAAGACGGGGGUAGUGCUCUCUUUGACAUCAUCCAGGGCAAAUCCGCUCCAGCUGGGCGCUUGCCAACGACACAGUAUCCCGCAGACUACAUUGCAAAGGUCCCAAUGACAGACAUGACUCUUCGGCCUAAUGCUACGUCAGGCUCACCGGGUCGCACUUACAUAUGGUACCAAGGCAAGCCUAUCUACGAGUUCGGAUACGGUCUCCACUACACCAACUUCACCGCCAGCCUCGGCUCCUCCAACUCAUCCAGCUCUCCGUACAGCACUAGCUCUCUGAUCGGCAACUGCACCGAAGCCUACAAAGACCGAUGCGCAUUCAAGACGUUCAACGUCGCCGUCAAGAAUACUGGCUCUGUGCAAAGUGACUAUGUCACUCUCGGUUUCCUCGCUGGACAGCAUGGCCCUGCUCCAUAUCCUAACAAGCGACUCGUAUCCUACCAGAGACUGCAUAACAUCACAGCUGGCUCGACACAGACAGCUGCGUUGAACCUGACGCUCGGAAGUCUGGCGAGGGUUGACGGCAUGGGCAAUACAGUUCUGUAUCCGGGAGACUAUGCUCUACUCAUUGACACACAGCCACUGGCGAUGGUGAAUUUCACUUUGACUGGCGAUCCCGUUGUGUUGGAUCACUGGCCUCAGCCUCCUACUCCAAGAUUCCAAACCACGGACUACUUUGUUGGCGGAUAUGGCUCCACCUAUGGAGACCAGUUGCUUAUCGAUGGCACCAUAUGA